UCCUCCUCCUCACUGCGUCUUCAUCCCGCCUCCUCCUCCCUCUUGAUCAUCGCUUCUCGUUCUGCUUGAGGGCCAACCUCCCUUGCAGACGCCAGUCGAGUCUUUGAACAACACACAUAAUUAAAGACCUGCACCUAAAUCGUCCGGGAUCAACUGAGAAUUUUGAAAGAUGGGAAAGCAAAAAAAAAAAAAAAGAACAUUUAUUAUGCAUGACCUUUGACACUGAUUUACAGUGAUAUUUCAAGAUUCAACACAUCAGCUUUUUAUAAAUUGUUUUCUUUGUCUGGUUGAUGAACUUUUCUUGAUUUUAAUUUUGUUGUGCACACACACACGGUCAUGAUAUAUUUGAGAAGAUGUGUCCAAACCUUUGACUGGCAUUAUAUAUAUUUACAGUGUGCAAGUUACAUCAUCACUUGGAGUAUGAUGAUACCAAAAUUAGAGCAUCAAAUGGGCCAGGACAGGAGAGGCAUGGAUGGAAAACAACAUUAGGAAAACAAGAUGAGCACACUUGUGGCGCGAUGAACUUCAAGCCAGAAACAUUUGGAACGUAAACAAAACUGCAGAGAAAUCGUUAAAACAAAACAAUUUCAUCCAGAACUCAUGCACAUGAAAUAUUGUAUAUAAAAAUGAACGUUUCGUCGUUGUCAGGUAGAAACCUUGUUUGUCCAAAUAUGGUCAAGUUCAUAUUUUUUCACAAAUCGAUACUAAUCUUCAGUCCCCACGUGGUCCGUUAUGUUUCCAAAUUAUUACCCAAUACAAAAUGUUGAAAAUAGCUCCAGAGCAAAUCUGUCAUCUCUCUUGGACACUUAAACUGUCUGAGAAGUGUCAUAUAACUCCCCCUCUUCUUGAUUCCGAGGGAGCCUCGCAGCAUUAUGUCGCCUUAAAAUUGUUUUUCAGACUAAAACAAGUAUUAUGUUAAAAAUCGACGCAACGUUGCAGAAGGAAGCCAACCCGAGCUACAGCCACAAAGGUAAAAUUGCGAGCAGAUUAAUUUCUGUCUAUUACACUGUAUCGUCAGAUCAUUGUUUUUUUAUUGCAUCACUCAUGGCUUUUAGCCCUUUGCAAUAUCAUUUAGGAAGAUGAAGUAACCCCAGUCAUUAGGUAUUGUUAAGGAUUAAAGCUUUUUUUCUAGUGAGGGACUUGGUACGAGUGCAGACUUUAAGGGGCACAGGUGCCAGCGGUGACGUGUCUGUAACAUUCUAAUCAAUGACAGCAUUAUAAAUAAGCAAAUCUUUUAAGUAAUUAGCGAUCGAACAUGAAUAUGGGAAAGUUCUGUGUUGGUAUUGAUGCACAACAGUGUAUGAUAGCAAUAUAAAGUAUAAUACCAAAUUCAACAAUGCUGUGUUUGGUAACUCAAACUUUUUUUUCCCACUUCCUGAAGGUUUUGGAGAUGCGAGGACUCUGCCCGACAGUGAUGAUAUGUUCAAUCACUGGACCAUAUGUCUUCCUAGAUGUAGUUUGGCUCUCGGAGGACAAUACAAACUGAAAUUGCCCUUGAUAGGAAAAACUUUCCCUACCCUAAGUUAUGUUGAAAUUACAUAAAAAAAUAAUUUCAAUGUUAUCUAUUCCUGGGGCGGCACGGUGGGCGACUGGUUAGAGUGUCAGCCUCACAGUUCUGAGGAGCAGGGUUCAAUCCCCGGCCCCGCCUGUGUGGAGUUUGCAUGUUCUCCCCGUGCCUGCGUGGGUUUUCUCCAGGCACUCUGGUUUCCUCCCACAUCCCAAAAACAUGCAUGAAUUGGAGACUCUAAAUUGCCCGUAGGUGUGCAUGUGAGUGCGAAUGGUUGUUUGUUUGUAUGUGCCCUGCGAUUGGCUGGCAACCAGUUCAGGGUGUAACCUGCCUCCUGCCCGAUGAUAGCUGGGAUAGGCUCCAGCACGGCCGCGACCCUAGUGAGGAGAAGCGGCUCAGAAAAUCGAUGGAUGGAUCUUUUCCUGGUCAUGUAGUCAAGUUAGAAGAGGAACCACAAAAAGAGCAGGUUGUCCCACAUGCAUGGAUGACACACACCAUGAAUAAUAAAAACAUUUUUUACAAAUAUAUUGAAGCUGGAAGAUGAAUUUCUUUAACCUCAGUUUAAAAAAAAGUGUGCUCUCUGUAAUACAUGUAGUUCACAUUUCCAUCAUUUGUUUUUCCAAAAGAUUAGUCAUGUGACAGGAAGUUGCAGGCUUAUAGUGACCUAGGUGAACACACAUAUUACAUUACAAGCUCACUGCAUUAUUUACACAACCAACGUGAGAAGGGACACUGUGAUGAGCAUGCUAGGUUAGUCUGAGCUGCUGGGCCUGCAUUUGAGAUGUUUGCAGCGGCCACCAAGAACUUUGUCAAGCAGGUUGGAGACACUGGGAGGUUGAUCCCCGUCCCGAGUCUGAGCGAGGCCGACCGCUACCAGCCUCUCAGCCUUGUCACCAGGAAGAGAAAGAGGCGUUUCUGGAAGAAGAAGAAAAAGUACGCCUCCACUGCAUUCUCCCUCAAAGAUAUCCUGGUAGGGGAGAAGGAGAUCACAGCAGGCGUAUCCUCUUAUCAGCUGCUCAACUAUGAGGACAAAUCAGAUGUGGCCCUCAACGGUCGCCUUGGAAACCAUCUCAUCAACGACGUGGGCUUCAACGUCAGCGGCUCCGACUCGGUGGCCGUCAAAGCUUCCUUCGGCAUUGUGACCAAACACGAGGUGGAAGUGCCCACGUUGCUGCGGGAACUCAACUCCAGGAAAGUGGACGUGGAACACUGCCUUGUCCGCCAGUCCAGGGAGAGUGGAUGGAGCGUCCUGUGUGUCGUCAUGGAGAGCAUCCGCACCACUCGUCAGUGCGCUCUAACAGUGCAUGCCGGAAUGAGGGGGGCCACCAUGAGGUUUCAGAUUGAGGAUGGCAGGAACCCAAAAGGUCGAGACAAGGCCAUUGUCAUCCCGGCUCACACCACCAUCUCUUUCAGCAUCUGUGAGCUGUUUGUUCGACUGGACGGGCGGCUCGAUAUUUGUGUUGCACCGGGGUCUCAAGGUGGAUUUGAACAAGAGCAAAUCAGGGAGCAGUUGGGUGGUUUCAUCGGUCACUUCUCAAUGGGCCGACUGCGCCGCUUCCUGUCAGGCAUCAUCUACGGGAACCCCUUCAGAGCAGAUGAUAGAACAUUCGAAGAGCUCACUCACUCUGAUACCUUCAUGGACGACACGAUGACCGACUACUACGAGAAAGCCGCCAGCAUGACUGACAUCUCCACUGCCUACCUGAGGGAAAGCUCCCACACACGGGUCAACCUCCUCAAACAUAACAUCCCCAAGGGGCCAUGUGCACUGUGCGGCAUGGGCAACCAAAGAAGAGAAACCGUUUACGGUUGUGUGGAAUGCUCAUUCGGUGGUCAAAAAUAUGUUCGGCUGCAUGUGGUACCCUGCUUUGACCUCUGGCACAAAACUCUUAAGUGAAAAAGUAAAACACUUGUGUUGCUCAAUAAAUAAAAAUACUUAUAG